AAAAAAGUGCAGCAGGUCCGCUGAUGUGGGGGAUCAAAACAACAGGUAAUGCGCGUUCCUGCAACCAUUUGGCUGGAGCAGACCCAAACAUGGCGCAGUGCGUGAUUCCUCCCUAUCUUUGGAGGCCAAACAACCAACUCUAACCAAACUUCUUUUACUUCGCUGAGGCCUGACAAUUUUCAAAAAAGCAGAGAGACGACGGAGAAGUGAUCAAACUCACCUUUUCAAUAGGUAAAAGUUGGUUUCUCGCUGAAAUGUUCUGAGAGUCAUUGCAGAGAGGCGACAGCAGAGUGAAAGACUGAUUUCAUUUUUUCCUUUUUUCUUUUGGGGGCCUCUAAAAUAAAGAAUGCAAGCUCCUUCCUGGGACAGGCUGAGGGGGGACUGAUGUGAAAGGCUUGGAGUUAAAAAGCGCCGCUUGAAGCUCUCAGCGCGUCUCUGAACUUGAUCAGAUUUUAUGUGUCCUGCAGCGAGUCAGCGGCAGCCUUGUGAAACUUGCUCAAUGGCACGAAUUUUUUGGCAGGGUGAAAAAAAAAUCUCGGCAUAGUACAAUUACUGCCAUCUUUCUUUCUUUCUUUCUUCUUCCUCCGUCUUACACCCUAUAGUGAUUUUGCAAAGAAGAAAAAAAGGACUUCCCUUUCAAGCGGCUUCAAGAAAGGCAGAAUUUGGAGCUGCGCCAACUUCAUCCAAAAUUUCUCUUAAUAAGAGCCAAAUAGUCACAUUAGGAAGAGAAAAAACACCGUUUAUGAGAAUCAAAAUUUAAAACAACGUAAAAACGGAUAGUUAUGAGUCUUUGGCUUACUUUUGCGCUUUAAAAGCAAGUUUUUGUUUUACAAAUGUUGAAGUAAAUUGUAUAGAGACACGUUUUAAGUGGAGGUUUUGUGUUUAUAAUAACCAUGUUUUCAUUUAUAUAGCAUUUUCGGAGGUGUGGGGGCGUUCUUGGGUUCUGCACAUCGUGUAAGGCUGCAAAAGUCAAGCGCUCUUCUUAACACAUGUAGGAUCGCUGGAGUUUUCCGUUAUACCUGCAAAAUAAUAGCCGUAAGGACCAAUCAGAUGAGGCAAACGAGACGACCUGCCAUCUUCAAUCCAAAACUCUGCCAAUCACCACAAAUCCAGCCAAUUAACACCAUUCUCGACAGUCACGUGGCAUGUGAGUAGCUGCUCACUGAUUGGGUGCCUCAGCACUGCCUCCUGAGUUCAUUUAUGUUCUGGGAGUGAGUGAUUGACUUUAUCAGUCCAAGGACAUCAUCCGCUUGGUAAGGGGGGGAAGUUUGAUCCUCUUUCUCACGGAUCGCAGUAAACGGGAGUUUUUUUGUCCUCCCAACUCUUAACGUAGGAGUUUUUCCCCUAUUUUGGCUUGCUUUGUUUUUUAAUGUAGGAUAUUUCCCCCCAAGCAACGUGGUAAAUCUCAGUGCAGUGUGCAUAAGGCUGCGCGCUCCGCUAAACUGGAUUUUAAUUUUGUUUUUCGCUUUCUUCCCGACUCCUAAGUUUGUUUCAAGCUCAUGACUAUGCUUCUUGAUAGCGGUCCGCAGUUUGCAUCGUUAGGAGUGGGGGGGUUCGGGACACCACGGCAUCAUCACGACAUCGGGAACCGAGACCCGAGUCUGGGACUGAAUCCCUUCUCUGACUCGUCUCACUCCGCCGCUUUUAAAAUCAGCCCCGUGGCGCACGACAUCGCUUCCAGCCAGACGUCAGCUUUCACUCCGCAAGCCUCUGGAUAUGCAGCUGCCCUGGGACACUCUCACGGCGGGCAGGUGGGCUCGUACGGCGGGGGAGCGUUCAACUCAACGCGGGACUUUCUCUUCCGGAACCGGAGCGGAGAGUCCAGCGCGCCGAGUGCGCAGCAUGGGAUCUUUGCAGCGUCGGCGGGGAGCCUGCACGGUCCGCCCGGGAUCAGCGAUAACCCCGGACAUUUGUUGUUUCCAGGACUUCACGAGCAGGGAGUGAGCCACCCUCCAUCGAGCGGACAUGUAGUGAACAGCCAGAUGCAUCUUGGCUUAAGGGGGGACAUUUUCGGGAGACCUGAUCCGUAUCGUCCGGUGGCGAGCCCUCGGACGGACCCCUACGGUGCUCAGCUGCAUAACUACAACCACCCCAUCAAUAUGAACAUGGGAAUGAAUGUGCCGACACACCACGGUCCCGGGGCCUUCUUCAGAUACAUGAGGCAACCCAUCAAACAAGAAUUGUCCUGCAAAUGGAUAGAAGAGAACCAGAUGAACAGACCCAAAAAGACUUGCGACAGGACUUUCAGCACCAUGCACGAGAUGGUCACGCAUGUGUCCAUGGAGCACGUCGGUGGCCCGGAGCAGAGCAACCACGUCUGCUUUUGGGAGGACUGCCCCAGAGAGGGCAAAUCUUUUAAGGCCAAGUAUAAACUCGUCAACCACAUCCGCGUGCACACGGGCGAGAAACCUUUCCCGUGCCCGUUCCCAGGAUGUGGGAAGAUAUUCGCCAGGUCGGAAAAUCUAAAAAUCCACAAAAGGACACACACAGGUGAGAAGCCGUUUAAGUGCGAAUUUGACGGCUGCGACAGACGCUUCGCCAACAGCAGCGACAGGAAAAAGCACAUGCAUGUGCACACAUCAGACAAGCCAUACAUCUGCAAAGUGUGCGACAAGUCAUACACACACCCCAGCUCUCUCAGGAAACACAUGAAGGUCCACGAGUCUCAAGGCUCAGAGUCUUCUCCAGCAGCAAGCUCUGGAUACGAGUCGUCCACGCCGCCAGUGCUGGUCUCAGCCAGCACCGAGGAUCCGACAAAAACACCCCCGUCAGCCGUGCAAAACACGUCUGGCCACAGCGAAGGACUGGCACCCAACUUUAAUGAAUGGUACGUCUGAAGUCAGAAGAACAGAAAAAUAAAAGAAAAACUGUCAAUGUGGACCACGAGAAUGAGGAUAAAUCCCGGAGACAACCUAAAAACAGGAGCGGAAAAAAGAUUUAAAAAAAAAACACGACUCUUUGUCUCUUCACACACACAUACACACAGCAGAAACACACAUAAGUGGGAUUGCGAGUAGAAAAAAACAUCAGCAAGACAAGAGAUGAGAGCAAAUGCCAGCAACAAGCAGGCCACGACCGUUCUCAGGAUCACAAAAUUUGACUUUUUGGAAGAAAAAUUGACCAACCACAUGAACAGAAAAAAAAAUCUACUGCUUUCUCAGUAUAAAUACGUGUUUUUUUAUCCUUUAGUUUACAGAUUUCAGGAAAAGAAUCAUUUUAUUUUGAACAUUAUGUAUUUUCUCAAAACUUUAUUUAAAAAUAAAAAAUGGGAAAAAAUGGAUGAUUAUUUCACGCUGUUUUCUAUGACGGUGACGCGCUGCUGUCGCCUCUUCAAUUGAUUGUUGAAACUUCGAACAGUCUUAAGAAACGUGCCAAAGUCUUUGUCAUGAACUUGAACAGAGAAGAAAAAAAGCAUAAAUAAAUAUUAUUCUCGUGAAUGUAUUUUCUUGUUUGAUAGGGUCAAAUCUGUUGUCAACGUCCGUUUUCAGGUGGAGACAUGUGGUAUUAGGUUACGAUUGUUAUACCGUUGAAUAUAACGUUGCCUUUUGUUAAUACCGUUGUAAAUACAUAUCCAUGAUGCCAUAUUUAUCAAUUUGUAAUUUAAUUAUGGGUUUAAGUUCUGAAACUUAAAUGAUAUUUAUGGAAAUGUUUUCUAACAAGAACUGUACAGCUUUGGUCAUAACCAGCUUAACAUUGAACAAAUGAUAAAGCUCCAACAUCGUGAUUGUAUCCUUCUGUUUUCUUUUUAACCAAUAGGCCUACAUGUGUCUUAUUUGGAUUGAAAAAUCAUCUAUAUGAAUACUAUGGAUUUGUCUAUAUAUAAUGCAGAUUCUUUUUCCAGUCACUUUCAUUUUCUUUAUGAGACCAUUGACAUGUAAUAAAUCAUCUACUUUGUAGAACAGUUGAGCUGCAGAGGCUAUAAAAUGGAUUCUGUUGAUAUUUUCCUUUUUGGGACGGGGAAAGGGGAGGGAUGGUCAAAUUGAAACUUUUUGUGUAUUUUAUUUUUUAUAGAAUGAGAAAUAGAUGUCAAUUCUUAGCAGGAGAACAAAAGAAGAAACUCUUCCACCUUACGCACUCUUAUACAGGUCUUUAGGUUCAAGAUUUCCACACACAAAAAAAAACAUUUUUUUUUCUCAGUUGGUCAAAUUGGGGGUGAGCACCCAAACAGUGCGCCUGUGUGGCAAAUUCUUUCUAUAGUUCCAGCAAUGUCUUUGUGCAAGUAGCCUAUGUUUAAAUGUGUGCAUCGGCAACAAUGGAACUGUCACGACAAAGUAUCUUCAAAAACAAUAAAAAAAAGUUUCUUUUUUUUCGUCUGUCAGCUUGCAUUGUUUUAAAUGUAAUUCUUCUGUGAAACUAAGCGUGCUAUUUGUUGUGGUGUUGCAUUUAGAGCAGUUUGAUUACACAUUUGCUUGUUUUGUGUGAAUAACUUGUCGAGAUGACUUUUUUCUUUUCUUUUUUUGGUUGUUGUUUUUAUUUGUGUCGAAACAAAAUUUAGUGAAAGGAAUUCUCUAUGUGGGUUUGGAGGGAGAACACGUUCCGUGGCAAAGAGUUACAGCAUUGCAUUGUAACCUAUUCUCAAGAAUUAAAUAUUAUGCAUAAACUAAGUAUAUUGUACUCAUAUGAGAACAAUUUCAGACCACCAGCACUACUUUUAAAAUAAAAUGUAAAAAAAAAGGUACCUCUUGACAGUGAUAUAUGAAAUAAGUUUAUUUAAAUAAUUUAAGGAAUAUAUGUUUUAUAUGCUAUUUUCUAUACCUUAAUUUUAAGAAGUACAUUUUCUUAUUCCUUACUCCUUUCUGCCCCAUGUCCAGAUGUCAGAGGAAAAUAUCUGGUGUAUAAACACAACUAGAAUGUGAUGUUGUAACACUUUCUGGGAGAAAUGGGUCACACUCCGAGUUAUUCCUGAAGAGCAAAAGUGUUUUCCUGAUGAACUCUGUCACUGUGCCACAUCAAGGCAAAACCAUGUUCCAGCAAGACAGGCCUAUAUCUGCGUUAGCCUAUCCAGCUGCCAUGCGCUCAUUGUAUUUACUAUAGGCAACUGUAUACUGGUUGAUUUGAUCUUCACCAACUAUUUAUGAAGAAAUGUGAACGGAAAUUUUGAUUGAAAUUAAAAAAUGACAUUAUAAAAAGCCA